UGCGCGCGAGCUGUAGCAGACGCGGCUCCUCCUCCUCCUCCAAAAAUGUCGCAGGAGCUUCUCCUCUCACCGCGGCGUUUCUUUUCUUUCCUUCUUUUCUUUUUCACCCAACGCCCCUAAAAGUCCACCGAAUUCGCAGCUGUCACAGCCGGAAGCAGAAAGCUUCAUCCGGACGCCCGGACUGGUCGUUCUCCCCUCCCCUCCAACAGAGGUGUUUAAACCCUCAGCCCGGCGCAUCCCCCCUCCCUCCCUCUCUCUCUUCAUCUCUCUGUCAUUAACAGCGUCACCCUCUCUUGAAACCGCCGCAGAACUCCGCCGACCAUCCACCAGGUGACUGCGCGGAGCGGAAUAUUCAUCAGCACCGCCGCCGCCACCGUCGUCGUCUUUCAUCCCUCCGCUCCUUUGGACUCCAGGGUACCGGAGCUGCUGUAUCACUGCAUCCUCCUUCCCUCACCCCGCACCCUCUCCCCCUGCUGUAUCCUCUCAUCCGGUUCGGGACAUUCUCCGCUCCACGCACACGCAGAUUAAAGGGGAUUCUGCUUCCCCGCCCGAACACUGAUGCUGAUGUCCUUGAGCUCGGCCUGCACGGUCCUGGUCGUGCAGCAGUAGCUACCUCUAAACUGGAUCUUCUUCCCGUUUGUGAUUUAUCAGCCGCCUUUGGCCUCUCUCCAUCUGUCCAUCAUCACUUUAUUCCCGUCUGCAAGUCCGUCAGCAUGUCCGUCCGUUUGUCCAUGGACCAGCCGUGACCCUGGAGGGAGGGGGACAGAGACGAGUAAAGAGUGGAGUCACCGGGGAGACGAAGGAGAAGAAAGCUGGAUUCAUUCAGACGUCACGUCUCUGAAGUGCUCCUGCUCACUGUCCUUCAUCCUCCUCACCCUCCUCCCCCAUCUCCCUCUGUUAUGGAGAUUUAAAGGAGCAGUGGGAGGUUAGGUCAAGAUAGAUAGGAGGAAAAAAACACAACCAACAGCCCUUUAUUGCCCUUACAAAGAAUUAAAAGAGAGUGGAAGGGUAAUUCAGUCACUUAAUUCCAAUAAAAAAAUUAAGAGCACAUGAACAGCCCUUCACCUGCCAAACAAAGGAGGAGCUAAGUAGACUUCGGAGAGAGAGGACAAAAACUCAUCAAAUUAUUUUACUGACAUGUCAACAACAGCAACAAUGGGCGAAAUGGCAAACAGCGCUGUGGAGUUUUAUCCCAAAGGGACUAGAGGCAGGGAUGGAGGUAGGGCAGAUGGCAGCCUUGCAGGGGGAGACUUUGGGGUGACGGUAAAGGAGCUAAGAGAGCUGAUGGAGCUACGAGGCGGUGACGCCUUACAGAAGAUCCAGGAAGGCUAUGGAGACACAGAGGGCCUCUGCCAGAGACUACAGUCCAGCACCACUGAUGGUAUCAGUGGCGACCCGGCAGACUUGGAACGUCGAUGUCAAACUUUCGGUCAGAACUUUAUUCCUCCGAAGAAGCCAAAGACGUUCCUGGAACUUGUGUGGGAGGCUCUACAGGAUGUCACCCUCAUCAUCUUGGAGGCCGCCGCCAUCAUUUCACUUGGUCUCUCUUUCUACCAGCCUCCUGGGAAGGAAAGCGAAUUGUGUGGAGAAGCAAAUGCGGGAGCAGAGGAUGAAGGGGAAGCUGACGCUGGCUGGAUCGAGGGAGCCGCCAUCCUGCUUUCGGUUGUGUGUGUCGUCCUGGUGACGGCGUUUAACGACUGGUCCAAAGAAAAACAGUUCCGGGGUCUGCAGAGCCGGAUUGAACAGGAGCAGAGGUUUGCAGUGGUUCGGAAAGGAAACGUCAUCCAAAUCCCCGUGGCUGACAUUGUGGUGGGGGACAUGGCACAGGUCAAAUAUGGUGACCUGCUUCCUGCUGACGGUAUCUUGGUCCAAGGCAAUGACCUGAAGAUAGACGAGAGCUCCUUGACAGGAGAGUCUGACCACGUACGCAAAUCUGUGGACAAGGACCCCAUGCUGCUCUCAGGUACCCAUGUGAUGGAGGGCUCAGGCAGGAUGCUAGUGACAGCCGUAGGCGUCAACUCCCAGACGGGCAUCAUCUUCACCCUGCUUGGUGCAGGAGACGUGGAGGAGGAUGUAAAAGAAAAGAAAGGAAAACAGGCUGAUGGAGCUGUGGAGAACAAUCAGAAUAAAGCCAAGAAGCAGGAUGGAGGUGUUGCUAUGGAGAUGCAACCCUUAAAGAGUGCAGAAGGGGGAGAAGUGGAGGACAGAGAGAAGAAGAAGACCAGUGUUCCAAAGAAAGAGAAGAGCGUGUUGCAGGGAAAGCUCACCAAACUAGCUGUUCAAAUUGGCAAAGCAGGUUUGGUGAUGUCAGCCAUCACUGUCAUCAUUCUGGUGCUGUACUUUGUCAUAAACACGUUUGUCGUUAAAGGUGAUACAUGGUUACCAGAAUGCACUCCAAUAUACGUCCAGUAUUUUGUCAAGUUUUUCAUAAUUGGAGUCACUGUGCUGGUGGUGGCUGUCCCAGAAGGCUUACCUCUUGCUGUCACUAUUUCUCUGGCCUACUCUGUGAAGAAAAUGAUGAAGGACAACAACCUUGUACGGCAUCUGGAUGCAUGUGAGACCAUGGGCAAUGCCACGGCCAUCUGCUCUGACAAGACUGGCACACUCACCACCAACCGGAUGACUGUGGUGCAAACUUACAUAGGCGAUGUGCACCAUCGUGUGAUCCCAGACCCCGGACAGAUCAAUGCGCGGACACUGGAUCUGUUAGUCAAUGCUAUCGCCAUCAACAGCGCCUACACCUCCAAGAUCUUACCACCGGACGUGGAGGGGGGUCUAGCCAAGCAGGUGGGUAACAAAACAGAGUGCGGCCUGCUGGGAUUUGUCUUAGACCUUCAGCAGGACUACGCCCCUGUAAGAGAGCAGAUCCCUGAGGAGAAACUGUACAAGGUGUACACAUUUAACUCAGUGCGUAAAUCUAUGAGUACAGUGAUCAAGUUACCUGAUGGAACCUUCCGCCUCUACAGCAAAGGAGCUUCUGAGAUAAUGCUGAAGAAGUGUUCCUACUUCCUGGAUGCUAAUGGAGAACCUCGUGGUUUUCGCCCACGUGACAGAGAUGAGAUGAUCAAACAGGUGAUUGAGCCAAUGGCUUGUGAGGGGUUGAGGACCAUCUCCAUUGCCUACCGUGAUCUGCCCCCAAAUCCGGAGCCAGAAUGGGACAACGAGGCAGAAAUAGUGACUGAGCUGACCUGCAUCACUGUGGUUGGAAUAGAAGACCCUGUGCGACCUGAGGUGCCGGAAGCCAUCCGGAAGUGUCAGCGUGCGGGUAUCACAGUGCGGAUGGUAACUGGUGACAACAUUAACACAGCGAGGGCCAUUGCUGCCAAGUGCGGCAUCAUACACCCUGGAGAUGAUUUUAUCUGUCUGGAGGGAAAAGAGUUUAACCGACGAAUUAGGAAUGAGAAGGGGGAGAUUGAACAGGAACGUAUUGAUAAAAUCUGGCCCAAACUGCGUGUGCUGGCUCGAUCCUCUCCAACGGACAAGCAUACACUGGUUAAGGGCAUCAUUGACAGCACUGUCUUGGAACAGAGGCAGGUUGUCGCAGUAACAGGAGACGGGACUAAUGACGGACCAGCUUUAAAAAAGGCUGAUGUGGGCUUUGCCAUGGGUAUUGCAGGGACAGACGUGGCUAAAGAGGCGUCCGACAUCAUCUUGACUGAUGACAAUUUCAGCAGCAUUGUCAAGGCAGUGAUGUGGGGCCGAAAUGUCUACGAUAGCAUCUCCAAGUUCCUGCAGUUCCAGCUCACGGUCAAUGUAGUGGCUGUCAUCGUGGCCUUCACUGGGGCCUGCAUCACUCAGGAUUCUCCUCUGAAGGCGGUGCAGAUGCUUUGGGUGAAUUUGAUCAUGGACACGUUUGCCUCCCUUGCUUUGGCCACCGAACCCCCAACUGAAGCUCUGUUGCUACGGAAACCCUACGGUCGAAACAACCCACUCAUCUCGCUCACCAUGAUGAAGAACAUCGUGGGCCAUGGAGUGUACCAACUGGUCAUCAUCUUCACUCUGUUGUUCAUAGGCGAGCGCAUGUUUAACAUUGACAGUGGUCGCAACGCACCGCUCCACUCCCCUCCGUCUGAGCACUACACAAUCAUCUUCAACACCUUUGUCCUCAUGCAGCUUUUCAAUGAGAUCAACGCUCGCAAGAUCCACGGAGAGAGAAAUGUCUUUGAUGGCAUAUUUGGCAAUCCCAUCUUCUGCUCUAUUGUUUUGGGGACAUUCGCAGUGCAGAUUGUGAUCGUGCAGUGGGGAGGGAAGCCCUUCAGCUGUGCACCUCUCAACGUUGAGCAGUGGCUUUGGUGUCUAUGUGUGGGAGUUGGAGAGCUUCUCUGGGGACAGGUGAUUGCCACAGUGCCAACAGAGCGGCUGCCGUGUCUGAAAGAGGCGGGGCUUGGCCUGGAGUCUGGGGAGGAGGAAGGGGAGGAGCUGGCUGAGGAUGAGGAGGAGAUAGACUGCGCAGAACGGGAGCUGCGUCGUGGACAGAUUCUCUGGUUUAGAGGGCUCAACCGUAUCCAGACUCAGAUGGAGGUAGUGAGCACAUUCAAGCGAAGCGGUUCGUUUCAGGGAGCAGUGAGACGGCGCUCCUCCGUGCUCAGUCAGCUCCACGACGUAAACACUAUCUCUACCCCCUCUCACAUGCGAGUGGUGAAAGCAUUCCGUAGCUCUCUGUACGAGAGCCGAGAGAAGCCGGAAUCCCGCAACUCCAUCCACAACUUCAUGGCCCACCCAGAGUUCCUCAUCAACGACCUCAUCCAUAACAUCCCACUGAUCGACGACACUGACGUGGAUGACGAAUCAGAGCUCAGCAGAUACCAGCACCUACACCCAGCCCUCCGCAAGCCGCCACCUCCUCCAGCACAGCCCCCGGCCCGCACCAGGCCAACCCGGCCAUAUCGCCAGUACAGCCUUCCUGUUACCCCGUGUAACCGAAACAACAACAACAACAACAGCAGCAGCAGCAGCUCACCGGCCACCUACAGCAACAAAAACAGCGUCAACAAUGUUUCCCCUGACAACCAGAGCCGCCAUCACAAACAGCAUCACAAUCAUGUCAGGCACAGGCCUGUGAAAUCUCCCGCCCCCCACCCAGCACAUCUCUUCUGUGUGGAGACGUCCUUAUAACUGGAAUCUGAGAGAAAGGGAAUCUUGAGAAAGGAGAGGAAGGGAUGGGAGGGUUGAACAUGAGAGAGGACUGAGAACGCACAGUGACAUUUUCAUCCAGUCUCCCUCAAAACAAGCUCACAGGAAAGAGGACUGAGGGGUACGUGAGGGAGUGGAUAAUGGCUGGAGACUUCUGCUUGUAGCUCUCUGAGAACAACUUUUUCUCCCUUUUCCCUGCUCCGGCUCUCUCAGUUUGGUUUUCCACCUCCACUCCUGUCAGUCGCAUCAAGUCUCACCCAACCAUAUCACACUCACUGCACCAUCCUGAAUAAAGGUUCAGAUGAGAAGGGAAGAUGGUUGGGUUGGGGGGCUGGUUGGGGCUGUGACACCCAGAAAACCCAUAAAUCCUUCUACACAAUUGGCCAUGUGACUUCGGGGGUUGAGUCUGUAUUUGCUUCUAACAGUGUUCAUUCUUAGUGUUGUCACCACCUACUUAGCUGCCACCCACACCUCUCUGAUUACAGUCACUCCAAUGGCUCUUUUUACGGCUGCAGCACCGCAUGGUUCCACUCUGCUCAACCUUGCUCAACUCGCCACGUAACCUGUUGUGUUUCCAUUGACGACUAGAGGUGGGGCACUUCAAGUCCCCUCACAACCUGUCCUCCAACAGUGAGGUUCAGACCACCCUCCCGUCCACAACUUGUGGGACGAUGGCCAUAACUGGCAUCCAUGACUUCGCAACACCGCCACACCUUUUAGUUAGUCCUGUUCCGGUCGUUGUGGUCCUUAAUCAUUUUAGUUCUCUCCGCUACCUCGGUGAACACCUCAUCAUUUCUCGGCUCCCCAUCAAGCUGCUGCCAAAUAUUGCAGUUAGACACGUACGGCUGACAGCCCCAAGGCCAAUCAGUGAACAGCAGUAUUUUCACAUCACAUUUCAGCCCCACUCAGUCCAAACGGAUCUGCUGCCAAGCAGGUACCAAAAAAGCCGGUACCGGUCCGGAAAAGCCAGUAAGGGGAACACUCGCAGAAUGAGCUGAGUGGAGCCGGCGGGAGUAGAGUCCACGAAAAAAAGGGCAUAAGGUCACUGCUCUGCUUGCAAUAUAUGUGAAGCGCUUUGGUUAACACUUUACCUAGACCUCAGUCACUUCCAUUUCUACUUCAUUUAUUUCCCCACAUGCUGGUGUUCAUUUGUUUCCUUUCUUUACAGAUUUUCAGUCUGUGUAGGUGUAUUGUCUUGUCUCUUCUACUGAAAAUCCCUGACAAGAACAGAAAUUGCAAAGAAAAAUGCUAUUUAGUUAAAUCUACUAGUAAACUGAAUGGCGGCAGAACUAAAAGGCGGGGGUAUCACAUAUGUAUACAGUGUGUGAACAUGUCAUUUCAAUGCUUGGGAAGCAAGCUGAACUCUUCAGGUUCAUCACCAUUCCUUCUAAAGUCCAGUCACUAAACGCCACCAAAGGUCCACAUGACCUGCUCUCCAUCAUGAUCAGAGUCUUCGGGGUAUAUCCAUAUAUACAUACAGUACAUAAAGCAUAUGGAAUCUCCUUCCAUGUCCACGCUCACAUCUAAGUAUUUCUAUGUUCCAUGAUCUUCUCUCUUGCUGUUCCUCCUUUACUCACUUUGUGUCAUCCCUUCUGCUACUUUUGUCGACGGUUAUGUGAGAGGGCUUUUUUUUUUUUUUAAAUAAGCUGAUCGCUAGUGAAGCAUUAACCCUUUAAACCGCCAUUAAACAUACACAAUGCACAGGCGAUGUCCCUUUAAGACUAACCUUAUACUUACUUUGCUCCCGCUCUGAUGCGUUCUUUAAUUUGAUCUGUUGGAUCUUUGAUCUGGUUGUUUUCCACAGAUGGGAAAUAAAAGUUCUCCCUCAGUUACCGGAGCACAUCAGGUCCAAAUCCAAUGUCAGUGUCCAGUUUUAUCUUAAGGCCCAAAGCUUAUACAGUUCUAUCAGGUCCAACCAGUAAGAGCUCAUAUGUCAUGUUCUUCUGCAUUCCCUAAUGUUCAAAAUGUCAAGUUCAUUAUUGCAAACUUUUAAACACUCCAAAAAGCUUUUCUGCUGAAAGUUGGACUAAAGGUUUAAUGAUGUAGGCUUUGAAGUCCCACAAACACCAGGCAAAUUUUAAAAAAAUAUAUUUUUCUGGAUGUGAAUUUUCUUAGGCUUCGCAUAAAUUAUUUUUUAUGUGGGAUAUUAAUUCCUAGUGGAAUAAACUACUCAGAUUUUGGAAAUACUUUAUGGUUCAUUAAUAAAAAAAGCUAAAAUGGAAAGCAUACAAGGAUAUGUUACAAUUAAAAUAUUUUCAUCAUUUUAAAAGACUCAGUGAAACAAACUACCUGCAUAUUCAUAGCUGCUAACCCUAACCCUAAUACAGACAUUAGGGAGGACACCAAGAAGCCCAGCUUCAUAAGUCUAAUCAGAUUUCACCCUGUUUGCUUUAUUCUUCAACCUGAUCCAGUGUGCAAGGGCUCAACAAACUGAACGGCCACAUCUGAACACCACGCCACUCUACGCAAGGACCAGUGCAGAGCCUGUGGCACCGUCACCUCUUAACAUUCCCAUUAAACAUUCCAUGGAAGGUGUUGCGCCCCCCCCCCCCCCCCCCCCCCAACCCCAACCCCCAUGUUGUACAUGGUAUGGGUGAACAGCUUAGCUCAUGUUGCUUUGGAGCGGGAGUUUGCUAAACAAUGCAAACCUGCUAAGCACUCCCUAACUUUGCUUCCUGCUUUCGCCGACUCCCCCGAACUGAUCCCUCCACCAGAGCUAGGCAGACAAUAUGCAACAGACUGCCAUGUCAGCACACUCAGACACAGCCAGUCACACGUCUGUCCUGCCUGUUGUGUUUAAGGAUGUUUGCAGCGCUCUCUGGGAACACCCUUACCUGUAAAGAACUCUUGUCUUCUUGAAUGCUCAUCUUCAUCAUCAUCACCUGACCCGUCGGAGCAGUGGGGGGUGAAUCUGUAUUGAUCAGUCUGUUUUGAAGCAUGCAUUUGGUAUCAUUAAUGUCACUCUAUGUGUUGGUAAAUCAUUUAGGCUACUGUCACUUCUGUGUGCUAUUAUCUCUCCACAUCUGCUUUCUUCCUCUUUACCUUUCACGCAGAAACGCACACAUAUUUACAUCCCUUUCAAGUUUAAUCUGUUCCAGCACCUCUGAGUACAGCAACCUCAGUGCUUUGUAGGAAAUGUGUGCACACUGAUUGACAGGGAGAAUGUGCAGUGGUGUAUAUUUGACUGUGCAGUUCCAGGCUUCUCUGUUCUGCCAUUGAUCCACACAUCCAUCCAGCCACGUUACAACAUGAUGUUGUGAGACAGUUUUACAGAAGGCAAAACACAAUGUGAAAACAAUAUGUUGAAUGAAAUUAUAAAGUGUACAACUGCACCACAUUGUAUAGAUCGCCUAAAUGUGCACAUGUGCAUCUAUGAUUUACAGGUACUAUGUUCCUGUUACACUUUUUUAUUUCUGUUUCUUUCUUUAAUUCCUAUACUUUUUGUAAAGAGAGGAACAACAACAUGGAAGCGCUUGUAUAUUAUUAUUAUUAUUAUUAUUAUCAUUAAUUUUUCUCCACCAGUGUUCCCACUGAUGGAAAAAGACAGUUGCACAUUCUCCUGAGCAUAUUCAGAGGGCUGUGUUUUCUGUCCACUGAACAGCCCCCUGAGGUGUGCAGAUGCACUGAGAAACUUCAGGUCUUUGAAGACCAGAGACACCAACUCUGUAAAUAGAGAACUGGAGACAGAAAUGUACCUCCUUAUGACCUGAGGGAUCUGACAAAAUGGGGGACCCUGCAGAGAAACAGAAGGUGUGAUGCAGAGCUAGAGUCUGUAGAAGUGCACUGCGUCCUCGCAUUGUUUAGACUGCUCUCUUAGAUCUGCCACCAGUGUCUACUGCCAUGGUACGCGGGGUCAGAGUUAAGGUUUUACAUUACUCAUUAUACAUAUUGCUGUAAAUAUUCUGUGUAGGACGGUCCCUCUUUUUGCACAACGCAGUGCUGUUCUGCAGACAGAAAAUGCAGCCUUAACUGUGCUGAAUUGACAUUUAAAAAGACCAAAAAAAGUAAAAAAAAACAAAAGCAAAACAAAAAAAUCUAAAGACUAUUGAAUAUAUUAAAGAGUUACCUGCCUGUUAUUUAAGCGAAUAAAUAUCUAUAUAUGAGAAAGAACACACCUGUAUACUGUAGACUAAAUCUGUAUUGAAAUCUAAGAGAAUUUAAUGGGAAAUAAGUCCAACACCUUUUGUCUGUAUGAAAGAAAAAAAAUCCAUCAAAGUAUUCUACAAUAAUAACUUUGACAAACUC